AUGCAAGCUGGAUUCUGCAUGGACUCGGACACGUCGGAUAAAACGCUGUUCCCGACGUUCGCCCGCACACGUCCGCCGGACACUCAGAUAUCCAAAUCCGUGGCCGCGGUCCUGAAAGCUUUCAACUGGACUCAGGUGAUUGGUAGGAAAGAUAGUCAAUUGAUGACUGUACAUACAGGUUCUGAAGAUCAAACAUCAAACAGUAAUGAUUUAGAAUCUAACAUCUCUUUAAAUUGUGAUCAUGUUAAUUUGCCUAGUACUUCAGAGCAUAUCCUCAUUGAUCAAACAUCAAACAGUACUGAUUUAGAAUCUAACAUCUCUUUAAAUUGUGAUCAUGUUAAUUUGCCUAGUAGUACUUCAGAGCAUAUCCUCAUUGAUCCAACAUCAAACAGUACUGAUUUAGAAUCUAACAUCUCUUUAAAUUGUGAUCAUGUUAAUUUGCCUAGUACUUCAGAGCAUAUCCUCAUUGAUCAAACAUCAAACAGUACUGAUUUAGAAUCUAACAUCUCUUUAAAUUGUGAUCAUGUUAAUUUGCCUAGUACUUCAGAGCAUAUCCUCAUUGAUCAAACAUCAAACAGUACUGGUUUAGAAUCUAACAUCUCUUUAAAUUGUGAUCAUGUUAAUUUGCCUAGUACUUCAGAGCAUAUCCUCAUUGAUCAAACAUCAAACAGUAAUGAUUUAGAAUCUAACAUCUCUUUAAAUUGUGAUAAUGUUAAUUUGCCUAGUACUUCAGGGACCCCUAUAACAGGUAUAGACGGUAUAGUAAUUUUAACUUUGUAAAUUUGUAAUUAUUUUGUAAUAAUGUAGAUAAAAAUAAGUGUCAGUGUAUUUCAGGAGUGGACACAAUCAUAGGCGUGCGCAGACUUUUGGUUCCGGGGAUGCACACUAAAA